AUGAAUAAAAUUGAGGAUGAACAUUAGAUAAUCAUGAGAUAGAUUUAAGGAGUAUCUUUUGCCUCUGAAUUGCAUGAUAGAGAUGAAAAAUAAAUACACAAAGAUUUGGUUAGAAUUAUUGUAAAAGAGGAUCGAAAGUUGAAAGCCAAAAAAACAUUAUUUAGUCUAGCUAACACAAUUCUAAUUGUAUUAUUAUUAGAUAUUUAAAGGUAUUAUCCAUAUACAAUAUGAUAUCAUUGGUCAAUAUAGAAGCUUAUCAUUCAUUUAUAUAUUUUGAAGAAUUAUAAUAGGACCCAGAUAAUUUUGGGAUUCUCUAUUACUUGGUUUUGUUAGACAUUGUUCAUUUCUUGAGAAUAAUAAAUUGUUGUAAUGGAAUAUUUGGAGCUGAAUUGAAAUCUCAAAAAAUAGUCACUUUUUAUUUGAUUUUUUCAUCAUUUCUUUUUUUAUGUCGUAGUGUUCUGACAAUCAUUACAAUAAUCAGUUAUUCAUAGAUUCGCAAGUUAUGCUCUUAAUUUUUUUUAGAUGAAGAUUCAGAUAGUCUUGCUCUCAAUUAUUGUUUAGUGAUGGCAUCAUUUCUGUUUUUGGAUGCAUUAUUCACAAUGAUAUGUAUUGUUUAAGGAUCCAACAAUAGAGAGAAUUAGUAAAGUAAUUAAUAAAUACAUUUUAGUAUCUAAUGAACUAAGACAAAAGAUAUAAAGGAAAUACUUCAUAUGUUAUGAAAAUGCUUUAAAUUCAUUUUUUUGA